UGCUAUAUAAAAAGGCUGCCUGAACAUCUAUCAACACACAACCGGGUGUGUGAAUCCGUGGGCAUUCCGCUGCUUCUCCAAGUCAAGUGCUGGCGUUUCUCCCUCUGCUUCCUACUUGUCUUUUUCCUCUUUUUUCAUCCCCUUCACUGGAGAGAGGCCCCCCAACCAGCAGGCACCAUUUCCUCACCGGGGAGACCAGCGUUGGCAGUGCAGCCUCUUCCAAGGCUCAGCAUUGGGAGGAAGACCCUGGUGGCAGCCGGCAUGGGCGUCAUGCUGGUCCUGGUGCUUGUCAUCCUGAUCCCAGUGCUGGUGAGCUCUGUGGGUGCAGACGGGAGCCACUACGAGAUGUUGGGCACCUGCCGCAUGGUCUGUGACCCUUACCUGGGGAAAGGCACCACAACUAGCGCCAGCAUCCGGGCCGAAACUGAGGUUAUGAGUGACAGUAUAGUGCCACCGCUCUCCACCCUCGUUCAAGGGCCCCAGGGCAAGCCUGGACGACCUGGCAAGCCUGGCUCCCCAGGGCCUCCAGGUGAGCCAGGACCCCCAGGUCCAAUUGGCCCCCCUGGAGAAAAGGGAGAUUCAGGGAAAACUGGCAUCCUGGGUUUGGGGGGCAAUGGUGCAAUCAGCACAGCCACCUACAGCACCAUCCCGAGGGUCGCUUUCUACGCUGGGCUCAAGAACCCCCACGAGGGGUAUGAGAUCCUCAAAUACGACGACGUGGUCACCAAUCUGGGCAACAGCUACGAUGGCACCUCCGGCAAGUUUAUCUGCAACAUCCCUGGCACUUACUUCUUCAUCUACCAUGUCCUGAUGCGGGGUGGAGAUGGCACCAGCAUGUGGGCAGACCUUUGCAAGAACGGCCAGGUUCGUGCCAGUGCCAUCGCCCAGGACGCGGAUCAGAACUAUGACUACGCCAGCAACAGCGUCAUCCUGCACCUGGACGCGGGCGACGAGGUCUUCAUCAAGCUGGACGGAGGCAAGGCGCAUGGUGGGAACAACAACAAAUACAGCACCUUCUCGGGGUUCAUCAUUUACGCAGACUGAGGGGCACACAGGCUGCCCUCCCUCCCACCAACUCUCGUUUGUACGCUCACUCGCUUGCUCGCUCACUCUUUCUCUUGUCAUGGUUUGCAGGGGGGGCUCAAACUGGCAUGGACGUCAGCGACAGACUUUCACAGGGAAAUAUUUCCAGGUGGCUGGCACGUAUAGGCCCAGACUUUUUCUCUUUAGGGCAGAAUCAGCAGGAGUAGAAGGCAGCCUCCUGGAAAGACAUGGCCUUUUUGACUCUGCAGUACCUCCACUCCCUUCCACCCAUCAUAGGGCUGUGCAAUAUCAACAAACAGGACUGGAAUCAUGCUAUUGCUACUGAAUAAGCAUCAGCUAAAAGAUCUGGUUGAAAUCCCCCCCCCCCCCCCCUUUCCCCCUUUCCUAAUGGUUUGAAGUUGUAUUUAGUGCAGGGUUGCAACAUUUGGGUUUUUAAAAUUGAAACUGAAAAUGUGUUCCUGGCUGUUUCUUUUAAUGCAAUAUAUGCAUAGCUCACAGUGCACCUUGGCUAUUGAAUGUUGUAACUGCAGAUCUGAAAAGGGACCUGUCAAUCCCAAAUCAUCUGUACAUCUUUACUACUAAAAGAGAAAAGCUACUUGUUAGCAUCCCCCAUCUGUCUGCUUUGUAUUGUGUCUUGAGUCUAAAUGGGUAUGUAGUGCAUCUGGGGGCAGAACUGUGGUUUCAUUUUGAAAAUGACAGAUACUGUUUUUGACAGAUAGUGGCAAGUACUCUAUAUAAGCAUAUACAGUACCGUGACAAUUUGCCCCCUGUUUGAUUUUUUUUAUUUUUGCGUAUUUUUGACACUGAAUGUUAUCAGAUCUACAACCAAAA